GGUUAGGAAGCAGGAGAUUGGAGACCAAGCCUCACCAGGGGGAAGGGGAUAAAUACAGCCUGACUCUCCUCUCGCAUGCCUGGCAAGAAAUAUGUCAGGGUCAAAAGAGAAAGGGCUCCCAGGACUUGAAGCUCUAUAGAGCAGUUUGCUAACUACGUAGCCACAACAUUGGACAGGAAUCUUUCCCACUGCCUUAUGACCCGUUUAUAUGGGUUGCAGCAGGAAACUUAGCCAGCUUUCAAUGAAGGAGGUUGGGGACGGGCUACAUGAACAGAUGAACUGCAUGAUGGGUGCUCUGCAGGAGCUGAAACUCCUCCAGGUCCAGACAGCUUUGGAACAGCUGGAGAUCUCAAGCAAUCCAAGCCAGGUUCCAGGAAUUGGCCAGCACCAAUAUUGUCAAAACAAUAAGGAGGCACCCAGGGCAAGGUGUGAAGCCAGCAGACAGGGCGAGAAGCUGCUGGGAAGGAGCUGCUUGCAGGACUGCAGUUCCUCGGCCUUUUCGUGCUCUACUCAGGGGUCAAAAUCCGCCAGCCCGCUUCACCGCAUUACUUUGCCAGACAGUAGCCAUGGAUACAUGGCUUCUUCCCUGAACAGCGUAAGCAGUGAGGACUACUAUCAUGCGAGCGGACAUUCAUCUACAGUGAGCACAGCAGAGUACCAUUCUCCGAGGACGUUUGAGUCGUCCAGUGAGCACAUGACAAGAAGCUGGUUUUCCCAAGACACAAACAGCUGGUCCGAGAGUAGAUCGGGGUGCAUGGAAUGUCAGUUCUCUGAUGAGACCAACGACUGGACUUCCUCGCUAAUGUCUCAGAGCAGGAAUCGACAGCCUCUCGUCUUGGGCGACAACAUUUUUGCUGAUUUGGUUGGAAACUGGUUGGAUUUGCCUGAGAUAGACAAGAAGGUGGAGAAGAACGAGACAACCCUGUCGAGCAGCAAGUCCCAGGAGUUUUGCAGAAAGUUCUCCCUCACGGCCAAUAUCUUUAAGAAGUUCUUAAGGAGCGUCCGGCCAGAUCGAGACAGGUUGCUCAAGGAGAAGCCUUGCUGGCUGCCGACAGAAGAUAAAGAGGCCGAAAUCUUAAAGAGGCCCAAAAAGGCAAGCAAACAGAAGGGAACCUUUUACUUCCCGGUCCAUGGGAACAUCGCAAACUCACACGACAAAGCAGAAAGGUGCCAAAAGAAGGAAACGGGCAAAGCCAAGGCCAAACAUUGCGCCAAGAAGAUCCACAACACAAUAGAACACACUCAGUCAGGGUUUGAUUUUAACACAGCUGUAUGGGUCUGAACUCCCCGAACUUGUCGUCUCCUUUGCCUCCACUGUUCUGCCCCAAUCAGGAUAUAAAACAGCAAGAAAAGUGAAAGAAAAAGAGAUUUGGCAUGCAUGGACUGGGGUGAGGAAAGGGAGAAGGAGUUGAUCUCCAUACAUUGACACAAAUCACCUCCCAACUAACAUCUGUUUCAUAAAGGGAGUCAGUUUGUAUGCAGAAACUCCCCAAGCUAAUGCUUAAGAGAAUCUUUCACAGUUUGGGGAAGGAGGGGGGCACAGCAGUGUGUUCCUCUACACUCCCACUUUCAUAGCCUUCAAGGUUGCCAAACAUUUUCAGUUCAUCUCUGAUUCAGGUAGCAAGAGAAUGUUACGUCUCAGUAUGUGUAUGUGUGCGAGCUGGUGUGUGUGUGUGUGUGUUUACAAUUUAACUCUGCUUUUUUCCUGUGUGCACUAAAUCCUGGAUCAUCCAGGCAAAUGAAUAAGCACUUGAUAAUUAAAUUAAGAGUGAGGGUUGGAUUUGUAAGAAGAAGAAGAAGAGAGGCUGUGGGACAUGAUUUGAGUGACGUUUGUACAACCACAUUGCGUUCUGACUGUUCUUUUUCUAAAGCGUUUUCUUUUCUGGCUCACCCCUCAUGAUCUGUACUGUACUAGAAUGUGUCUAAGGAGUGCUAUGUAGUGAGUAGCCAACCCAUCACUGCAACUUUAGGGUUACCAAACACACUUCACCUCUUCCUUUUGCCCUCAAAGCCUUAAACUGAUGCCACACUGGGGUCCCAAGUUGCAAUAGACCUUUCCUUGACUUUAUUGUUUCAUUUUGCAUUUCUUAUUCUGUACGAGUUUAGUCUUGUGAGAAAUUAGUUCUCUGGCAGUCAGCUCUCCAAGAGUUUGUUAUUAAUAAAGCGAUGUUCCUCUCUCCA